AUGUCAGCUAUCGCACAUUUGCCCUUUUCUUUUCCCACUGGUCUGACGUCGCCUCAACCCUUCAACAUCUCUGUCGAUAAAGACUUUAUCCAACAGACUCAUGCCAAGGUCAAAACAUGGCGUUCACCUGUUAGCUUGUUUUCCAACUGGACAAUCGAGGGCCCUGAUACAAACCAGAUCGAUGAUGUUGCCCAAUACUGGGCCAACGAGUACGAUUGGUUCUCUGUUCAAGAUCGACUCAAUAAUGAGGGCCAUCAUUACGCGACUUCAGUCUCGAGUGACGGGAACUACACAGCUCCUGUUCCACUCCAUUUUGUCCACCGAGAGUCCAGUCAAGCUGAUGCUGUCCCUCUCCUUCUACUCCAUGGAUGGCCCUCAACCCACUUGGAGUGGUCUAAAGUCAUCGAACCUCUUGUCACUGACGCUGAUACACCCUUCCACAUUGUCGCACCCGACCUACCAGGCUUUGGCUUCAGUCCCGCACCUACACAGCCUGGGCUUAGCCCUCGUGAAAACGGACGGGUCAUGGAUGGUCUCAUGAAACAGCUCGGGUACUCCAAAUACGGGAUUGUGAGUACCGAUUUGGGUUGGCAAGUUGCCAUGUGGAUGGUUGGAGAUGCAGAGUCAAACAUCAUCGGACACAUGACAGAUUUCUUCGCCACCCAGCCGACCGAAGAUGACUUGGAGCGUCUAGCCCGAAAUGAGACUACUGAAGAGGAGACGGCUUACAUUGUGUCUUCCAAUGCAUGGUAUUCUUCUCAUUCAGCGUAUUCGACGGUCCAUACCCAAAAGCCUUUGGCCGUGUCCCUUGCCUUCGGCGAUAGUCCGGUUGGCUUUCUCGGCUGGGUGUGGGAUCUCAUGUAUGCGGUGUCUGAUGGCUACAAGUAUACUUACGAAGAACUUAUCACCGAUGCUAUGAUGCUCUUCAUUCCUGGCCCGUACAACAACAUUCGAGCGUAUCUAGAGGCAUACAGUCCGGGCAUGAUGACCUUUCCGAAAAGCAAUGUUCCCACUGGCGUUUCAGAAUGGACCUUUACCGAUGGUCCAUUCCCUGACAUUGCCGCUUCCCCUCUAUCGCCUCGAAGCUGGAUCGAGAGAACCGCAAAUGUUGUGUACUUUAAUCGUCAUGACUUUGGAGGCCACUUUCCUGCAGUAUCACAGCCAAAGGAAUGGCUUCAAGACGUUCGCAAGUUUUUUUCGGGACUUAAUUGA